UCAUGAAAUACUCUGACUAUCACUUCCCUCAUUUUAAGACAAUUAUUAAUAUUUUCUUAAUUAUUUCGCUUAAAGAUGGCGAGCGACAGGAGCUGGAUGAGUGCGAGGAAUCGUUGGUCUCUGGAGUAUAGAAAUGGUGUUAAGGAGUUCUUCGAUAUCGCCAAAAAUCAGUUGAACGAUCGGGGUUUGGUUCGCUGUCCGUGCAAGAAAUGUGGGAAUGUUAAGUUCCAGCCUAUAAAUGCAAUUUCGAUGCAUUUAUUCAACAAUGGCAUCGUACAAUCCUACAAAGUGUGGCAUUACCAUGGAGAGGCGCUGCCGUCGCCACCAGCUGUGGUACGAGAUCAUGAUAGAGAUGAGAUAGCGGAUAUCCUGGAGGAUGUUUACGCUGAAGAUGACGUUCCUGCUGGAAACUAUAAUGAUCCUCCCCAAGAUGAUCCUCAACAUCGCGACAAGUAUGACAAUUUAUUUAAGGAGAUGUCAAGUGAACUGUACCCGGGUUGCCGAAAGUAUUCCGCGUUGAACUUCUUGGUGAAGCUGAUGCAUCUCAAAGUAAUUAACAAGUGCAGCAAUCAUUACUUUGAUGGUUUGCUGGGAUUGUUAGUCGACGCUAUGCCUGACGGAACAAUUUUACCUAAGUCUAACUAUGAGGCGAAGGCAAAGUUGCGGAGUAUUGGAUUGGGAUAUGAGUCCAUCGAUGCUUGCAAGCAUGACUGUGCACUGUUUUGGAAGGAGAAUGCGAAUUUGGAAUUCUGUCCGGUUUGUGGUGAGUGUCGUUGGCAAGAUAAUCGUGGGAACGGGAAGAAAGUGGCCCAUAAGGUCAUGCGGUACUUUCCGUUGACGCCGAGAUUAAAAAGGCUGUACAGUUCCAGAUAUACUGCAGAGGAUAUGAGAUGGCACUAUUCUAAAAGGCCAAGGGAAGAUGGUGUGAUGAGGCACCCCGCUGACAGUAAGGCGUGGAAGCACCUUGAUGAGUUGUACCCAUCUUUUGCAGCCGAACCUCGAAAUGUUAGGCUUGGGUUGGCUACAGAUGGUUUCAAUCCUUUUGGGAACAUGAGCAACUCUUACAGCAUGUGGCCUGUGAUACUUGUCCCAUACAACUUGCCGCCGUGGAAGUGCAUGAAACCACAGUCAUUAAUGUUGUCUAUUCUAAUUCCAGGUCCUUCUUCACCUGGAAAAGAUAUCGAUGUCUAUAUGAGACCUUUGGUUGACGAGUUGAAGGAGUUAUGGGUGAAUGGUGUCGAGACACGAGAUGCAUACAAUAGUACCUUGUUCAAUAUGCGUGCAGCAAUAUUCUGGACCAUUAACGACUACCCAGCUUAUGCUAUGAUGUCUGGGUGGAGCACAAAAGGGUACAAGGCGUGCCCGACAUGCAAUGAAGAAACUCCCUCUGUAGGGAUUAGAAGUAAAAUUGCAUACAUUGGCCAUAGGAGGUUUCUUGAUAUGGAUCAUGAAUGGAGGAGCAAACGAGCACUAUUCGACGGUAACAAGGAACUCAGGCCACCACCGAAAGAUUACUCCGGUGAUGAUGUGUUGAAGCAAUUAGAGAAUUUGCUGAUUAGACAUCCUGGGAAACACAAAGAAUUUGGUGGUGUGAAACGCAAAAGGGCUCCGAUUGAACUUAAUUGGUCGAAGAAGAGCAUAUUUUUCGAGCUUGAUUAUUGGAAGGAGUUAUUGUUGAGGCAUAAUUUGGACGUAAUGCACAUUGAGAAGAAUGUUUGUGACAGUGUCUUGGGAACUUUGUUGAACUUAGAGGGAAAAUCUAAAGACACUGACAAGGAAAGACUUGAUCUAGCAGACAUGAAAAUUAGGGAAAAACUCCACCUCCGCAAAGAGGGAAACAAGUGGAAGAAACCGCACGCCAGUUACACCCUCAGUGUCCCGGAGCGUCGAGUUUUCUGUGAAUUUGUGAAGUCAGUUGAAUUCCCGGACAGUUUUGCUGCAAACCUUUCGAAGAAUGUCAAUGUCAAUGAUGGCAAGAUAACUGGGUUGAAAUCACACGAUUGCCACGUGUUGUUUCAGCAGUUGUUGCCCGCCGCAAUUAGGUCGAUUUUUGUUCCGAAAGUUCGGAAGCCAAUUAUUGAGUUGCGCGGUUUUUUCAAAAAACUUUGUGCACGGACUUUGAAUGUGAAAGACCUUGAGAAGAUGGAGACAGACAUUAUCACCAUUUUAUGCAAGUUGGAAAUGAUAUUUCCUCCAGCAUUUUUCGACAUUAUGGUGCAUUUGGUUUUGCACCUUCCGAAAGAGGCAAUUCUUGGCGGUCCCGUGCACUUUAGGUGGAUGUAUCCCAUUGAACGUUCGAUGGGAGUUUAUAAACAGUAUGUAAGAAAUCGUGCACGUCCGGAAGGUUCAAUCGCAGAAGCUUACGUGGUGAACGAGGCUUUAACCUUUUGCUCAAUGUACCUGCGGGGGGUUGAGACUCGAUUCAAUCGACCUGAGAGGAAUGACGAUCGCGUUGAAUCCCAACCAAAUCGGGAAUAUUCUAUUUAUAAGGCUGUUGGUCGUCCAUUUGGUAAGAAAUCAAGUAUGCUCCUCAAUCCGCAGUUAAAGCAAAAGGCUGAGUGGUAUAUCUUGAACAAUUGUGCCGAAAUUAAGGAGUACCUUAGUGAGCAUAUGGAUGAAUUAAGAAGACGGGGGGGCUCGAAUCUUGAAGUUCAACAAGAAACUGAUUUUCCUCAGUGGUUCAAAGAAAGAGUAUGUGUAUAAUUUGAAUUACCAUAAUGAAUAAAUGUUAAUUUUAUAACAAAAAACAACAGACAUACAUAAUUUGAAUUAGUUAAUUAAUGAAUAUUUUAAUGUAGAAUGGCCGAAACAAGUAAUGACACAGGUGGUGGCUCUAAGAGAGGCAGGGGAGCUUAUUACGGUGCCAAUAUCGAGAAGGAGCUGGCCAUCAAAAAAGUUACUCAUUUGAAAGUAGAGUUUGAUAAAGAAACUGGAAAAGCUAUUCAAAAGUACGGCAAGUGGUUCAACAAUUCUAUGGCUCGUUAUUUGCGUAGCACCGUACCCCCAACUACACUAGCUUGGGAACAAGUAAAACCAGCUGAUAUCGAAGUUAUUCGAAAGAGACUAUAUGAAAAAUUCAUUUAUCCAGAAGACAAUCUAGUAAUCAACGAUGCCAUGGUAAGACAAAUGCAAAAACAUCUGACUGAUUGGCGCCACACGAUGAAGAAACACUGGGUAGAUGUUGGAGGAGAGGUGGACAAUGAGAGAGCGAAGUCAAAACCUUUUGUGUCGAUCACUUCUUCUGAUUGGGUAGUUCUGUGUGAUUUUUGGGCUUCUGAUUCUCACCAGCGUAUAUCGAAGAAAAAUAAAGAAGCUCGAGCUAAAAUGACCAUACCAGGAGGACACGGUUCCAAAUCCAUCGUUGCCCAUGUUUAUGAUCACGUAAAUUAUAAUAACUUAUAUCCUUACAUUUACGAAAAUAUUAUAAAUAUCACAAUGUUUAAAUAAUUUGCUUUUUUAGAUGGACCCAUCUACUGGCCAGCUCCCGAGCAUGAUCGACACAUUCGAGCACCUGCACAAGAAGAAGGAUAAGUGGAUUAGUGAUGCAGCGGCGACAAAACAUAAUGAGAUGACCGAACGUCGAGCAUCGCAGAGUACGGCCCCUGCAUCAUCUGCUGCUUCUUGUGUCGGCGAUAAUGUCGACGGUCAUUUCCCGCCUGAUAUGGAUAUUGUCACGGAUGUCCUUGGACCCCGC